GCUGGCAGCACGCUUGCUCUGCCUGGGAAAAGCCGCUCGUAGCAGAAGAGGAAACAGCAGCCAAGGCAGCGGGGUGCUGCUGCGAGCCCGGGGGGUGCCGCUGUGCCCUGGGGGGGACCGGGAACCCCAAAAGGAAGGGGACCCAGUGAGGACGGAGCCCGAAAGCUGGGAAUCCCUGAGCAGCCCAUGCUGGGGUGGUUGCUGCUGGUGCUGGCGGCGCUGGUGCGGGGCGGCGCUGCUGAGACCCCUGACUUCUCCUGCUUUAAGCAAUGCAGCUCCUGCGACUUCCUCUGCUCCUGGCCGCCCCGCGGCCCCGCCGGCAACACCACCUACGUCCUGGUGCUCUGCUACGCGACGUCGCGGACGUGCCCGCGGUACGAGGCGGGUGCCGCGACGACCUACACCCUGCAGCGGCACCGCGUCUACGUCCUCACCAACACCACGGCCUGGGUGGAGGCGUGGUGGGGACCCCACCUGCACCGCAGCCCCAACCUCACCCUGUACCUCAACGAGGCCGUGAAGCUGGAUCCUCCCCCCGACGGGAUGAACUUCGCCAAGGCCAAGGGGCGCCUGCAGCUCCGGGUGCCAUGGCCGCCGUUCCGCGGCAGGGACCGAGCGCUGAGCAGGGAGGCUCGCUUCCGCAGGGCGGGCAACCACAGCUGGACGCAGGUGCUGUGCGAGACAGGGAAGAGCAAGGACAGCAAGGAGGACACAGUGACCUGCGACCUGGGGGGACACGCUGCCUUCGAGGUCCAGCUCCGGCAGAAGACGCAGCACUGGAGCAGCUACUGGAGCGACUGGAGCAAAUCCAUCUUCGUCCCUGAGGAAAUCCUGGAGAGCCCAGAGCUGAGCUUCCAGCUGGGAAAUCUUGGGAAAAAUGGGCAGAGGCUGCUGCAGCUGAGCUGGCAGAGAGCUCGCGAGGAGCAGGGGAACGUCACCUACACGCUGAGCACCCACAUGCCGGCGUGCCGCUGCGCCACGCUGCCCGAGGCCGACGAGGUGGUGCUGGGACCCGAGGUGACGGCGCACAACCUCACCCUCUGCGGGGCCGAGUACGAAAUCCUACUGACAGCGACCAACGCCGCCGGCACCAGCCCCACGCGGCAGCUCCACGUGCCAGCCGAGCAGCACGCAGAGCUCAGCUUUAAGGACGUCAGCUCGGCCGGCGAGGCGGUGACGGUGCGAUGGGAGGCGCCGAGCCGCGGCUUCGCCUACUGCUUCGAGCAGCAGCUGCUGCCGGGAACGCCCCAGCAGGGCGUCUGCGUCCAGCAGGAGUUCUCUGCAAAGAGCUCCCACCUGGAGAGAGGGUCGCUGGAAGUGCCGGCGUGUUACCGGCUCGCCGUGCACGGCCGGAGCGAGGAGCAGGAUUGGGCCACCUUCGCCCUGCAGCAUCAUUUCACCGGCAACGCCUCGCUGGCCUCCUCCAUCCACAUCAAUGCCAGCGCCGAGGCCGCCGUCCUCCGGUGGGAACCGUCCCCCCGUGCCACCUGCCCCGGGGCGCUGGCGAGGUACCUGGUGUGCCACGCGGCUGAAGGGGACAACGUGACGUACGGUGAAGCGGACGCGUCGGCCUCACGCUACACCCUCCGAAACCUGCGGCCGGGCACAGCCUACAGGGUCGGCAUCCAGGAGGUGACAGCGGACAGCGGGGGCACCUGCAGCAUGCCGUGGCACUUCCAGACCAUGGCGCUGGGUCCCAGGCUGGCAGCGUGGAAGUCCAACCUGAAGUACCUGGGCAUCUCGCUCGGGCUCCCCGCCAUCGCCGCCGUCAUCUACCAGCUGAGCAAAAGGAGGGCCCGGCAGCUCCUCUUCCCCCCGCUGCCCAAACCCGUGGGCAGCAGAGCCAUCCAGUUCUCGGCCAGCGAAAUGAGCCAGGACAGGCCCUGGAAAGGCUUCGCGGAGCCCUCGGAGAAAUUCAACCUCGCCGAGCUGCUGGUGAUGGAGCCGAGCCCUGAGCAGGAGGUGGCCGACAGCACGCGGCCCCGCACGCCGCAGCCCAGCCCCAAAGAACCGGCGGAGCUGGGGCAGCCGGGCUGCAAGAGGGAGCUGCCCUUCGAGUACCGGCGGCAGGAGGUGCUGAGCCCGCUGCCAAGCCCAGCACCGGCAGAAUCCGGGGAGGGUCCCACCUGCAGCACCGGGUGCUCCGGCCACUGACCGGCGGAGGAGGGCGCGGGGAGCUGGGGGCUUCCCCGGCCGCUGGUUCCCCUCGCCCUGCUCAUCUCCGACAAGCCGGUCAUCAUCAGGGACGAGGAGGGCUCGGAGCUGCUGCAGGAGAAGUCGGUGCUGUAGUGAGCACGGGGAUGGGGCAGGAGGGGGACGAGCGGGGUCCCACGGGCACCCGGGGGGAUGCUGAGUGUCCAUCCCGAGGCACGGCCCCAUGGGCUUGUGGCACUUUCUGGGGGGUUUCUGAUUUCCAGGAGCUGCUGCUGAAUACAUUGAAGGUGCUGCCCGCGGUGCUGUGCCUGGCAAGGCACGGUGCAGCCUGAACUGUCCCUUAGCAAUAAACCUGAGGGCAAGGAGCUGCAGACCCAGCUGGGGACAUUUCCUCGGCCACGGGAAAGCCACUUUGGGACACUGUUGGAGAGCGAACACCUUGAGCCAGCCCCUGUGGGAUGGGGGCACAUCCAGCCCCAGCCGACCACCAGCUGUUCCAGGCCGUAAACAUUAAACAAAAACCAAACGCACAAAGCAGCAGGCCUCAGACAGCAAUCCUUGUCCCACCAGGCCAGCAUAACUUGAGGAUUUGGUAUAGAGACCCCGAGCAAUGGGGCUAGGGGCAGGUAGGCCCCCCCCUGCAUCCUGCCGGGAGCUGGGGCUGUGCCAGCACCGUGAGCCUUAUCUGGGGCAGAAACCUUCAGAUGCUGCUGAAGAUGGUGCGUGGUUUGUGGUUUCGUCUGCCCCGAGCGUCAGCACCGGAGGCAGCCACCUGUAUUUGCUGAGGGUGCAGAAAAGAAAAAGGGGAAAAAAAAAAAAAAAAAGUGCGUGGGGGAGCAGCAGGGGGAAAUCUGGGGAAAGGCAGCACCCCCCCCCCCUUCCUGCUCAGCACCGCCGCCGUGGUUUAAAACUGCUUCGCAAGGGAUUUCACCAAGAUCUGGUUCCUCGCUCAAAGCCGCCAGUGCCCCCCGCACCCUGGGGUGCUGAGCCCAGCACCGGGGCCUUGCUCCGGGUGCAUGGGGGGGGGUGACGGCAUCACAUUUGGAUCUUUGUCGCAUCCCCACGGUGCUCCUGGAUCCCAGAGCAGCAAUGGGGAUGGCCAAGACCCUUCAGCUUCGUUUUGAGGCCCCCGGCGCACCCAUGUCCAUCGCCACCCGUGUCCGGUGCCACCGGGUCUGAGCUGCGCCCAGCACCACGAGGUGGCACCAGCCCCGCACCGCUCGCGUCCCCGCGGAGCUUCCCCAGCUCCGGGCAGAGCCAGGCCACGCUCCCCGCCGAGCAGACCAGGGGGGCCGAGAGCAGCCGCUCACCGCUAUGCCAACCACAAAUCACCCCAAAAUCACCCCCCAGCCACAAAUCGGGGGAUUUAUUCGGCGCCCACAGCAAAUCUUCCGCAGCAACGCGCCGACACCUCUCCAGCCCUAACUCCUUUGUCACAUGCAGCCUCUCUCCUUCACCUCCAAAACCCAAAAGGAUGUAGAUAAGGAGGAGGACGGGCACCCAGCAGCCUCCCAGCCCCCAAAACGCAGCUGGGAGAACUCAUUUAUUAUUUAGGGCUUUUUGAGCCAGCCCCUGGUGGAACCAGCAGCGAUGCUCGGGCUUGCCGCGGGUGCUGGCAGAGGAAGUGUUUUGUUACGGGUGCGUAGCGCUCGGGUUGCAGCCCGGCCCCUGUUUACAGCCCGAUUUUUGGGGCUGGAGCCGAGAGAAGCAGCACCAGGGUCACUCAGCUCGGGGUAAACACUCGGCCCGGUGCGGGGCCAGCGCCAGCACCAGUUAAUCAUUCCUGUUGCUCUUAACGGAGCCAGCAACAGGACCGAGUUCAUGGCAGGACAGCAAGUCCCCAUUGCUGCUUGAAAAACACCCCAGGAAGGGGGGGGGGGGGGACAAGAGACACCCCCAUCCCCAUCGUCCCCACGGGGUCACCCCACUCACAGCCCCCCGGAUCCUCUGGGGACAGCCCUGUCCCCAUGGGCACAGUGGCCCCACGCACCCACAGAGCCCACGGGCGAUGUGCUGGGGAAAACUAAUGAGGGCUUGCCAAUUAGUGCGAGCGCGUGGCUCGGGGCUCCCUAAUUAGUUUAAAUUGCACGGAACUGUUUUCCAAAGGAAUCUCUGGGAGCCACCUGAGGAAGCCCACCGGAGCGGGACGGGGCCUUGCCCCCUCUGGCACCGCGCACGACCCAGGAGCACCGCAGGGCACCGGGGGGCUGAGAACGGGCAACUCGGUACAUGGGAGCCACAGGACUCGCCCCUGGGACAGCUGCAGGAAAAGCAGCAAAAAAAAAAAAAAAAAAAAAAACAGGAAUGGGGAAAAAGCUCAGCCAGCACACUGGCCCCAAAGACCCCCGAGUCGUGGUCGCUCCCCACAAUGCCGGAUUUGGGGUUUUCCUGCGCAGAGCAGAGCUGACGACCCCCGGCGACCCACACGCACGUACCCAGCCACCUCCACAGCUAAUUUAAGACCCGCUGCCUUUAUUUUUAGAGGGGGUCAGAUGAUUCGGCGCUGUGUGUCUUUCUAUGUUUCCUGAUACGCAGGCUAUUUCUGAGCCCGGCCACACGACCGCCACGCACCCCAGUUGCUGCCCCAAAAGAUAAAACCCACAAAAUGUCCCACGCCCACCCCUGGGGUGCUCUCCUCAUCACAAACAUGGCUCCGAGACCCCUGCCUGGCCCCUCGCAGCCCCUUCUCAGGGCUGUUUCGCCCUCCCCAAGCCCCCAGCGGAUGGAGGAAGAGCUCGGUGCCAGAAGAACCCGCACGCAAGCCGUAGCACGGAGCAGGAUUAUUUGCUGGGCAAAAAGCCACCGCUGCCGCCACCUGCACAACGCAGCCCGCUCCCGGGGGGAUUAGGUGGCCAUUCAGGAGCUGCUUUCACUUAAUCUCUAAGCAAACAAACCGAUCCCCACUGUACAUCUUUUAUCCCUUUCUGCAGAAAUCGGGGGCCGCCCCUCGCCGAGGCGCUGCGCACAGAAGUGGGGGAGGCAGCCGGGACCCCCCCGGCAUCACAACCCACCCGCGAUGGCUCUG